AUGAGCGUUGAACAAUAUCAGAAAGAAGAAGAAGGACAAAAGCAACAACAACAACAGUUUUUCAAGAGGUGUCAAGAAUGCUACAACUUGAUUGUUCAAUUUCAAAACGAUACCUUACCUAGUGGCCUUGUACCGUCAAGGCACGAGGGAUACCAGUACGAUCCGGAGUUGCGAAAAUCCGUGAAGGCCAAGAUACAACUCAGUAUGCAAAGGUUAGACGAGUCUAUUAGUCACCAUGGGUUGAAAGAGAUAGCCAUUUCAUACAAUGGAGGCAAAGAUUGUUUAGUCAUGUUGAUUUUACUCAUGGCAACAAUUUACAAGAAAUAUAUAUCUACUACAAAUGAGAUGGGAUCUCAUGAUAUACAUAAAAUACCAGCAGACUAUAAACUAGACUCAAUCUAUGUCAAUUCCGAAACUCCGUUCCCUGAAUUAGCUGAGUUCAUUAACGAGUCUACUGAAUAUUACCACUUAAAUCCAAUCAUAAUUAAAGAUUCUAUGAAACACGGUUUUGAACAUUAUUUAUCUAAUAUCAACACAAAUAUCAAAUCAGUUAUAAUUGGUAUUAGAUUCACCGAUCCAUUCGGCGAGAACUUGGUAAAGGAGCAGUACACUGAUCACAACUGGCCAAAGUUCCUAAGAAUACACCCAAUACUUGAUUGGAAAUAUGUUGAGAUUUGGGACUUUCUCAUUGGCACCAAUGUUGAAUACUGUAAACUAUAUGACAAAGGAUACACGAGCCUUGGUGGAGUUGAGAAUACAAUUCCAAAUCCAAAGUUAAAGCUCCCCAGGAGCGAGGAAUAUUUACCAGCUUAUAGAUUGAGAGACAAUGCCGAUACUCUCGAAAGGCUAGGAAGGAUUAAGAAAGAAGAAUGGAAGCAAAGCGAGUUUCAUACAUCCUCAAAAUCAACAACCACACAUUAA